AUGCCUCCAAAACAACAAAUUUCCAAGGCUGCUAAAGCCGCUGCUGCCAUGGCUGGUGGUAAGAAGUCUAAGAAGAAGUGGUCCAAGAAGUCCCACAAGGACAAGGCUGCUCACGCCGUCAUCUUAGACCAAGAAAAGUUGGACAGAAUCCUAAAGGAAGUUCCAACUUACAGAUACAUUUCCGUCUCUGUUUUGGUCGACAGAUUAAAGUUAGGUGGUUCUCUAGCUAGAGUUGCUCUAAGAGAUCUAGAAAAGAGAGGUAUCAUCAAGCCUGUCUCUAAGCAUUCUACUCAACAAAUCUACACUAGAGCUGUUGCUGAAUAA